UAAAGGGCCUGGGAGGAGUAGAGUCUCGAGGGGGUGAGCAGCGAUCAUGGCCACCUCAGAGCUGAGCUGCGAGGUGUCGGAGGAGAACUGGGAGCGCAGAGAGGCCUUCUGGGCCCAGUGGAAGGAUCUGAUGCUGUCCACACGGCCUGAGGAGGGCUGCUCCCUGCAUGAGGAGGACACCCAGCGGCAGGAGACCUACCACCAGCAGGGGCAGUGCCAGGCGCUGGUGCAGCGGUCCCCCUGGUUGGUGAUGCGCAUGGGCAUUCUCGGGCGCGGGCUGCAGGAGUACCAGCUGCCCUACCAGCGGGUGCUGCCACUGCCCAUCUUCACCCCCACCAAGGUGGGCGCCAGCAAGGAGGAGCGCGAGGAUACCCCCACCCAGCUGCAGGAUCUGCUGGCACUGGAGACAGCCCUGGGUGGCCAAUGUGUGGGGCGCCAGGACAUGGCCGAGAUCACCAAGCAGCUGCCCCCGGUGGUGCCUGUCAGCAAGCCCGGUCUUCGGCGCUCCCUGUCCCGCUCCAUGUCCCAGGAAGCGCAGAGAGGCUGAGCAGGACUGUGACUCCAGCCCCACUGUGCCUGCCCUGGGCUGGGCCCUUCCUGGCUAGGACCACGGAGGGGAGCUGCUGGCCAUGGAUGCUUUGUAGUUUGCCCAAAGUUGGGGGCUAGGGGAGGAGGGAGCCAGAGGCCAAGAUGCCUGGGUCCCCUGAGUUCCCAAAGGGAGGGGAGCAAAGACAGUGGGAACUAAGGGGGGAGAGUUGGGGGCCAGCAGGGCGAGUUACCCCAGCUCCAAGAGAAGGGACAAAGAGGCUGGUGAAGGCAAGAGGUCGCUGAAGGAGGGACCCUGGUCCAGGUUCCAGAUUCAGAGAAAGACGAGGAAGAAAUAUAAGGGGAUCUAGAAUGCUCUUGGGAAGGAAGUUCGGAGUGGAGUGAGGGGGACAUGAAGCGGGCAGAGGCAGGGUGGGGCCCCCAGCAUCCUCUGUUAGUGCUGCAAUAAAUGCUCAAUCAUG